AAACAUUUUCACGCAGCGGCUUGGGAGGAAGGGGAGCAUUCAUCACGUAUCUACAAAGACCUGUUUUUAUUCCUUUUAAUAAUAAAAUAAUGUUAACAAUACAUUCAACUUUAAAUAAACAACAGUAACAGCCAUGCUAGCAACUCUGUGAGACUGCAUACCAAUGCUUAAAAGCUAAUGCCAACAUGCUAACAUGCUCACAUUGACAUUGUUUAGCAGGCAUACUAUUUACCAUGUUCACCAUUUUAGUUGUAUGUUAGCAUGCUUACAUUUUCUAAUUACAACUAAAGACAAAGUAUAGCUGAGGCUGAUUGGAAUGUCAUUAGUUUUGUUGAAACUUUCACUAAAACAAAGUAUUUAUAUUUAAGAAAAGAGGAUAUAAAACAGCUUACAGUAAAGCAAAAUGUCUCACUGGAGAACAGUUACUGAUCCAAAAACAGUAACAACAGUGUUCAGAUCAAGUGUACUUUUUGAAACAAUAUAGCAGUGAAGCAAAUAGAAUUAAACAAAUCAUUAAAAGAAACUGGGACAUAUUGAAAAGUGACAGUUCUCUUAGAGAAACUCUUCCCGAUGCCCCUACCAUCAGCUUCAGAAGAGCCCCAACCAUUAAUGAUAAACUUGUGAAGAUUCCCAUCUUCUGGGGAACAUGGAUAUCUGUACCAGAUUUCAAUGCACUAUCUGGAUUGUUACUCAAUUUCAUUGUACUCUGUGCAAUGACAAUAAAAGAAUUCUAUUCUAUUCUAGUCUAUUCAUGGACGUCCAUCUUAAAGUUGGCAAAACAUUACACUCAAAACCAAAAAGGUCAACCUCAUUAUGGCAUUAGAGGAAAGACAAGAGGAUCACCAAAAUCUUUAGGAGACAUCAUCAGGGGACCAUCAAUGUCUGAACCAAGGUUCAUGGUAAUCCAUCUUUUAGAAGUAGAAAUAUUCCAGUCUGGACCAAAGUGGUGGACAGACCAGCAUUGGCAUCCUUAAAGCCGUAUGCAACUCGCAUUGCUAAAAAUAAAAGGGACAAUGUAAACUGUUAACUAUAUUUUUGGGGGAAUGCCGAAAAAGAGCACUGCAAAAAAUGAUUGGUGCAAUGAAAAAAUCUGCUGCUGCCUCCACUGCCUGGAUGAUAAAUUCAGAACAGCAUCAUCUUAACUUCAGUCAGCUGCCCACAAGCAGGACAAAAGAAGAAUCCAGGAAGACAUUGCCAAGAAAAGGAGACAGAUCGAGGAAGAGAAACUAAAACUCCAGUACAUAAAGAAGAAGGCCCUGAGGGAACAGUGGCUGAUGGAUGGUCUGACUCAGCAGUCAGAGGAGGAACAGGAGGCCAUGAGGCUUCAGGCUCAGGAUGAACAGCAGCAGAGUGAUCAGCUGAAGAGCAACAUCCACAGAAUAGAGAAGGAGAUUGAGGACUUGGAAGCACAGGAACUCAACAUCUCUGCCAAUGAAGAAGUUGUUCUGAAGCGGUUAAAAGAAGUGGAGAAGACGGCUGAGGACAUUAUCAAGGAGCUAAAUGCAGAGUUCCACGCAGAUGUGACACAUCAUGCUCCCUCACCACUCCCAGAUAUCCCAUCAUAUAUCCAGCUGACACCAGCAAAAAGCUCUCCUACAUGUCACCCUGGUAGUGAAGAACCAAAGAAAGCUACAUUUGCAAUGGAGAUCAGUGUGGAGCAUGAUAGAAGAACAGGAAAAAGUCAGGUGGUCUCUACAGCAACUAUCACCCCAGAAACCAUUCAGGAAAAGGGGUUAAAAGUGUAUGACGAUGGGCACAAGUCUGUUUAUGCCAUGAACCAAGAUGGAGGCAAAAUGCAAAGUGGAGCAGUUGGUGAGAUGACGCCCACAGAAGUAGAUGAGCUGCUGCGUCAAGCAACAGAUGUGCCCAGCGAGGUGCAGUACCAUCAGCCUGUCUACUCUGCACCCUAUACUGGAACCAGUAGGCCUUCAACACCCCGGACGCCAAAUAAAACACCAAGGCAAACCCCAACACCCAGCCCCAGCCCUUUCCAGAUAGCCAUCUCACCCAGAAACGCAGUUCAAAGCCAGCUCAGCCACGAGUUAGAGGGACAGAAAACCCUAUGCAAAACACCUAGCCCUAACCUCAUCCAAACAGACUCCCCGUCAAGAGUCCAAAGAUGUGGUGAAGAAACAAAGCAGUCCUACUUCCACAUUCCAGGCCAGUCCAAGAGUGACAAGGAUCCACUUCCACAGCCUUGCUCCCCUCACUUUGGUGCCAAAACUCCUCAAGGGCUAACCAACAAAAACACAGAUGCAAGCAGUCCAAACCAGGCAGCUCUUGUCUCAGUCAAAGCCAGGUCUGAAGGAAUGCCAGCACCCAUACAGCCCGUCUACAGAGCUGUAGAUGGCCGUAGGCCUUCACCGUCCAGCCACAUAUCUGAAGCAGACCCUGAUGCUUUGAUAGAGAGCUCAGUCAAUUCCAACAGUGCAGAGAGUUUCUCAUCGCCAAACCUUGCAAACACCCUGCCAGAGCAGCUGGAGUCACAGCCUGUCACCAUGAUCUUCAUGGGCUACGAGAACGCAGAAGACGAGGAGGAUGAAGACAUCCAUGCUGAGUUGGUGAUCAUAGGCAACAGUGAUGAUGAUGAAGACCAGGCCAAAUGUGUUGAAAAAGAGAACAACGAGGAGUGUCUCUCAUACCACCCAGAGGGAUACAGGAGCAAGGUGUUCCAACCCAAAGUGGGUAUAGCCAAAGUCACAGGCUGCAGAGACAUUAUUGAAGACACCUACACAAACUGGGAUGAUUCAGGGCUCCACAAGCCAACAUUCAUCCACAAGCCUGGAAAGCACAGUCCCUACCUGCAGGGACGGGGGAUGGAUGAGUCCACAAACACAGGCAGCAUCAAUAUGGAGAAGAUGAAGCUCUGCUCAACAGGAAGAUAAGACGAAACUUCACCUAUUGCUGAGAAACUGGGUCACUGAAGAAGCAGUAUAGGAAUGAAAUUAUGGUGAUUUAGCUGAUUUCAUUCUCUUUCUUUCUAGUCCUGCACCAUGUUCAUCAUGUUUCAUAGGUAGUGUCUAUGUUGUCUGUAAAUGUAUAACCUGCUGCCAAUCCAACAUAUGGUGCUCAGCCUUUCUUAUGCAAUAGGAAAGCAACAACCUUUCCUCUCAUGUCAUUUGUUGCAAAAUGCUUAUCUUGACACAACUCUAUCUUAUUCUGACUGAAAGAAACACCUGACAGCCACAGACUCUGGAUGUCUGGAUGAUUCUGAAAGCUUUAUUGCCACCUUCUGGCAAAUUGGUUUCAUUACACAUUAACAUGAACACAGUACAGCCUGAACAGUACAGUUUUAUGUGGCUAAAAUAGUACACUUCAUUAAUUGUACCAAAUAUCAUUAUUAAUUGUAUUUGUAUCUUUAAUAAUGCCUCCAUAAACCAGUAUUAAGUCAAUUUAACAACUUUAAAGUUGCCACAUCAAGUCACUUUCUGCUGCUGUAUAUCCUCCCCAGCAUAAAUUGCUGUGUUUUUUAUUUAGCUUCUUUAAGAGCCCUUCAAAGUACAGCUAGACCACUUACAUUAAUGGAUUAUUGUGGUGUGAGAACCCUUUAUCAAUGAGUCAGUGACUUGACUUGGCUGAUGAUUUACUAAAAUUUGGAGCUCCAAACCUUACUCAUGACGAUUAAGGACCUUCUAAUUUUCUCAUCAGUUAUCAAAUCUGCAGUCGUAAAUGUUAAUAAAUGGUUUGGCUCUGUGUUACCUGGUUUGGUUUGGGCUCUUUAAUUCCUAUUAAGGGAAAUCUUAAUGCUGCAGCAUACAAUAAUAUAAUAGUUUGUUUCCAACUUUGUGUUUGUCCCUUUCCUAUUUCAAUAUGAUUAUGCCCCGUGCACAAUGCCAGCUCCAUAAAGAAAUGCUUUUAAAAGCUUGCUGUGGAAAAACUUGACUGGCAUGCACACUGAAUGUUCAGGUGUCCAUAUAAAGCAUGAAUACAUUAUUUCUAAACCAUUAAAAGGGCUUAAGUUACAAUUUGUAAUCAUUCUUAAAGUAUGCCUCAUUUAAAAGAGGUGCUUUUUUCAGAUGGAGGUGUAAAUCCUGCCACAGUGAACACUUUUGUUUGCAUUUCUACCGUAACAGUGUCAACUAACUGAUCUGUGUGCUGCUACUUUAACUGUAAUUAAAAAGAGUUCCUUCUCAA